AUGAAUAUAGGAAGCUUUAAUAUUAGAGGGGGCGGAAAUCCUGCGAAACGUAGAAGAAUUGGUAAAAUUAUGGAGCUGGCAAAGGAGGAUUUGUGCUUUAUACAAGAAACUAAACUAAAGAGGAUGGAGUCGUUUGUAGCCAAGAGUUUUUGGGGAGCUAAGGAAUGUGAAUGGCCUUCAAAAGACUCAGAAGGGGCAUCAGGAGGUAUGUUAACUAUAUGGAACAAAGGUGCCAUUUCUCCAUUGUAUAGUUUUAAAGGUAAAGGGGGUGAAUGGAUAGUAGGGGGAGAUUUUAAUUCGGUGAAAGUAAGGGAGGAAAGAAGGGGAAAAUCACAAUCAAAUUUAGCAGAGAUGGAAGAAUUUGCAAAAUUUAUAGAACUUUUGGAGUUGGUGGAUUUGCCGAUUGUAGGAAACAAAUUCUCAUGGAUUAGUUCUAAUGGAAAUGCAAGGAGCAGGCUGGACAGAAUCCUUUUAUCGGAGGGAAUAAUAGAGUCUUGGAAGGUUGUAGCUCAGAUGUCAGGCAAGAGGGAUAUUUCUGACCAUAGACCUAUUUGGAUUAAAUCUAGCAACUUGAACUGGGGUCCUAAACCAUUUAAGGUCUUUCAUGCGUGGUAUGAACACAAGGAGUUUAUGAAGUUUGUAGAUAUGGAAUGGAAUCUGGGUGACAUCAUAGGAACCAGUGCUUUUGUACUCAAAGAAAAAUUCAAGAGGCUAAGAGUUGUUAGACGCUAG